CCUGGCGUCUCUUCCUCUGGGAGUGUCUCUGCCUUUGUCUGUGGGGGGGUUUCUCCCAGUUCUCACACAGCUGCACCGACACGACACGAGAGACAGUGAGAGAGUGGCCCGGCUCACAGUCUGGAGAUGUCUGAACUACAAGAAGUUCAAAUCACAGAGGAUAAUCCUCUCCUUCAAGACCCCCUGAAGGCAGCUGAACUUGCUGCAAAAUUACUGCAAGUGCAAGAGCAGAAGCACUCUAUUGAGACUCCCUAUGGGGUGGUGACAGUCACGAUUCAGGGUACCCCAAAACCCAAGAGGCCUGCGAUUGUAACAUUCCAUGAUGUGGGGAUGGACCAUAAGAUGUGCUUUGAUACACUCUUUAAGUAUGAGGAUAUGUGUGAGAUUGUGAAGAAUUUUGUCGUGUGCCAUAUUGAUGCUCCAGGACAGGAAGAAGGGUCUGCUGUCUAUCCUCCAGGGUAUCAAUACCCAUCCCUUGAUCAGCUGGCUGAGACCAUCCCUUGUGUGCUGCAGUACCUGAACUUUCCCAGUAUUAUCGGAAUUGGGGUUGGUGCUGGAGCUUAUAUCUUUGCCAAAUACACGCUUUCUCAUGCUAACACAGUGGAAGGUUUAGUCCUCAUUAAUAUCGACCCCAAUGCCAAAGGCUGGAUGGACUGGGCAGCGCAAAAGCUGACAGGGCUAACACAAUCCAUCUCUGAUAUGAUGCUUGGCCAUCUCUUCAGUGCAGAAGAACUAUCCGGAAAUUCUGAUGUUGUACGCCAGUACAAAGCAUCCAUUUUAAACUCCCCUCUUAUUAGCAAUUACCAGCUCUACUGGAACAGUUACAACAGCCGACGGGACCUGAACCUAGAACGUGGAGGUGGUGUCACUCUAAAGUGUCCUGUGAUGCUUGUUGUUGGUGACCAAGCUCCCCAUGAGGAUGCAGUAGUGGAAUGUAACUCAAAACUGGAUCCAACACAGACCUCAUUCUUGAAGAUGGCGGAUUCUGGUGGACAGCCUCAGAUAACACAGCCUGGAAAACUGACUGAAGCAUUCAAAUAUUUUGUGCAGGGCAUGGGAUACAUCCCCCACAUCCUGGAUAAGAAGCGCAGUAUGGGUGGCUUCCUCGUGCAUGACUCGUCUGUCGCGCUCUCGCACCGCCUCUCUCUCCAGCGAGGGGAAUCGCUCACGGUCUCGCACCCUGUCCCAGAGCAGCGAGUCGGGGGGAGGACCUCCAGCUCCCCUGGCAGAAGUGACCUGCUGAAGGGCCGUGAACCUGGCGACCUGUGAUCGCCCCCCCCUUCCCACACCCUGCCUGACCUCUGUCUGAGGGGAAAGAGCAUUUUAUCUGUCCCGUUGGGGGGCGGAGCUAAUAAUGCUAAUUAGUUACACUAAAAUAAACAAACCCAAAAGUCACAUGUGAGAUAACUAGAUGUCUUUUUCUGUCUUCUGUUUCUAUUCCAACUGCUUUCCGCCCCUUACUUUAGACCGGCUUACUCUUUUCCUUUACUUUAGAAUUGUCUCCAUUUUCAUGUUUUUUAAAUUGCUUAUCACCCAUCACCCCUUUCUUACCCUCCGUCAGACAGACUACUGGGCAGCUUGACAGCUCCUCACAUGUGACUUUGCCUUUUGCCACUAAAUUGUUCUCGGUACCCUGACUGGCUUCUUUGCACUCCCUGCCGUGUAUAUAAAGAAUGAUAGGUUGCAACAUGGGGAUAACAUGACAUCCUAAUUCUAUCUGAUAGUCACUUAUACUUUGUGAGCAAGAGAGUUAAUGAGGGAGUCAGAGUUGUGGGGAGGAGGGGAGAAAUUUUAUAGGUACAACCACUGGAAUAGUUCUUAUAGGGCAAAUGCUAUUAUAUGAGGUUACUGUAAGCUGGUAGCAGAAUGCAGUUGUCGGAUAGUUGAGAGGUACUAUUGAGCAACUAUGAGCAGAUUCCUGCUGUUGAGUUUAACACAUCCUUCAGCUUGCUUUGAUUGGCUCCAUAAUAUGCAGUCACAGUCCCUGGUGCCACCUGCCCAGGGUUACCAACAUAAGUCUUAGGGGGAGGGUUAAAAGAACAUUUUCCUGCUUUUUAAGUAAAGAUGUAGAUGAAGCACAGGCUAUAGGGUGUGUUGAGGAAAGGAGAAAGUCAAUAUGGUUUCUGUAUUGCCCUAAGUAACCUCCACCCUCUAGUAGGGCAGUCAACUUCCCUUCUCACAAAGAUAUAAAUGUAAUUGCAGGAGGGUUUGGGGAGCUGGUGGAGGUAACCGUGUCACAGUGCAAGUGAAACAUUAAGAAUACUGGCAAGACCAAAUGUUCUGUGAUUUGCCUCAAAGCUGCCUUUCCAGGCUAUUUACAGACAGAAAGAGGGUUCAUUGUGUGCUGCUUGGAAACUCAUGGCUUCCUAUUAAGCAUCUUCCCAAGUUCUAAGUAAGUUUGAUACUGGACAACUGGAUAUUUAUGUUUGUCAUUUUUCCUGCGAACACCAUUGGCUUCACUUGCCCCAUAUUUCUGCUGCUGUGCCAAUGCUCCAUAUACAGAUCUUUUUUUUUUUUUUUUUUUUUUUUUGCCAGUAACUGUCACUUUAUACAGUGGAUCCCUAUAAUUCCUCCUGUUCCCUCCAUAUAACAUCCACCUGUAAAGGCUGAACAUAUGUGUAAACCCUGUACUUAGAAUUCAUCCUAAUCUAUAUUGUGGCUUCCUGUAACCUCUAUUGCUUUAUGUAAUCAGUUUUCCGAAAUCCCAAUGCAAAUAUCUGCAUGUUGUGUUUGUAGAGCUCUUCCAUAAAAUUCAUCCCUAUUCCCCACUGACUCUUAACUGUUGACCCCCCCCCCCCCCCUGUUGCUUGACAUGCUGUCCCCCAUUCAUCCUGUUGCUUUAUAUAUAAGCUUUAUAACCUGAAUAACAGGCUUGGUUGGAAGGCACCAUAGGUCUAGCACAAUUACGUUUAUAACAGAUUCCCUUUCCCUAAGUAGAUGCAGCUUGAGUGCGGUUGUGAGACCGAUCCAGAAUAGUGCUCUGUUCAUAGAGAAUCUCUUCAGCAUCACCUGGGAUAUUUGGAGGGUGGCUGUAUAGGCUAAGGGCUCCCUGCGUAGGAUUCAUUUUGUUCUCUUCUGUUUUUCUUUGAUAGUUAUUUUUUUUCCUGAAACUGAAAAAUAAAAUGUUAAAUAACCUCAA